GAACAAGGGGCUCAAAGAGAUCAGGACCACAAUCUUACCAAAACCAAAACAGAGUGAUGCUGAAUUCCAACACUACUUGGAAUGAUGGUGCCCAGACUGAUCUCCCUUAUUGUGGCAGUCAGGUUGAUACCGAAAAAGUGUCGACUUUAGAGGCCCCCUUUAGUUUUGCGGAUGACAACCCUCAGGAAAGCCAAACGUUUCAUUUAGAAAACAGGCUUGAAGCCGGCAAAAACGGUACCACUCCCUCAAACCCCAUAAUCAAGCAGUUUGCACUGGACAAUGGAGUGAUUUCAGAUAUGGAUUCAGAGAACGAGCCUUAUGAUGAACCAUGGUCACCAAUCAUUUUUCCACUCUUGGAAUGCGGGUUAGUCGGAGAUGGAAGAAAGAUGUCUUCAGAAAGCCUCGAUUCAAACAUCUCAUUCCCAUCUUUAGAUGAUACACCAAGUUUAGAUGAAGUCUUUGAAGUCCUUAAUGAAAUGGAACUUUGCGGGUCAUGUCUGCCAAUGAACGCGCCCUUGACAACGCCAUCAACCCAUCUAAUAGACGAUCCGCCCCAUUCUUACAGCUUUGAUGACCUUAAUCAGCUGCCCAUUGAUCAUAUCUCGAGCUCCGAUCCUUGCAAGUCAUUUCAGAGUUUUAACUUUGGCAUUGUAAACGGUCUUCAAACUCCGACCCGUGGUUUGGUCACAGCAGUGAGAAGGCUGUGUGAAUUACUUUCAGAACCAAGAUCUGAUCAUUUAAAUUUUGUCUUUGUUCGUCUCCUUAACAACGCCUUAACAGAGAUGGAAAACGCCGUCCAACGUCAAUCAACGCGUUCCAGGAGGAAUAGGCUAAACAAGUCUGCCAGUGACGCUGAAAGAAGCUUGAAACCGGCGAACAUUGGACCGAGUCGGUCCUUAACGUCUCUACCGUCUUUGGCCUUUUCGACCAGGAAAGGCAGUUGUACCAAAAGUGUGGAUUUAACCAGCUCAGGGAACUGGGAGAGAGAUAACUUUCGGCUGCAGCAAGAAAGUCACGAGAUUGUUGAAAAGGAACCAUUCAUUGUUCUGGAGGACACCCUGUCAGAAUUCAUGGAGGAGCCGUUUCCUUUCUCAGAUUAUCUAAUGCUGCCAGAAUCAGGAAAGUAAGAAUAAGAUCGAAAACUUUACAGGACUAAAUUUAGAGGAUUGCACAAUUUUAUGACCGUAUUUUUCGAAUAAUUGCCUUUUUUGAGUCAAUUGUUUUAAAUAGUUGCUCAUUCCCUCACCCAAAUGUCAGAAUCUUUAUGUAUCCUUUUUACAAAAGUCGUUAUGUGUGAACAAAAUUUGCUGUUGCUUUUGAGGCCCAAGUCUAGAUGCAACAAUUAAGGUAUUGAUGUCUCCGCCUUUGCGCUGUUCCUCGUCUACAAAAUACUCUAUACUUGUUAGUUAAUACCCAGGAACUUUUUUAUGUACCAGCUUUUUGACAGAUGUUAGACAAACCCUGAAGGAAACUUGGAUAUAAUCGCCUCCAAACUUGAGGGAUCACCCGGCCCUCUUUUUAUUUAGUCAUCACAUGGGUCGAUUAUUGGGGAAAUUACGGUAUUUACAUGGAAAUCUUGCACCAUGCUCUGCUAGGUAGAUCAUGUACGAAAAUUUGUACAAAAUCCUCGCUGUUGAAAAAAAAUGCACGAUACGCACAAAAAUUAA